AUGAACGUAUCCUCUUCAGCAACCACAUCUUCUACCACAACCAACACACCAUUACCGAAUAUCACCCCCAACGCACUCGCCUCCAGUAGCGAUACUUCCCCAGUAGUCGUCGCCGACACCAACACACUCUGGUCUCAAUUGAACGAAAAGAUCGGCACGAUUGACGAAUCACGGAUUACCUUUGCGGAAUACGAUAACGGCGACGUCCCGCGCAUGUUCAGUGCUCUGCAGUACAAUCGCAACGAACGGGACGGGCAAUUGCGGGCUUCGCAUAUGGCGGGUUCCGUCGGUGGCGCCGCAGCGCUGGUAGCUGGGACCACCAUCGGAGCCGGCGUCUUGGCCGUGCCCGCUGCCACUGCCGCUGCCGGAUUUCUACCCAGCUCCGCCGCCAUGCUCGUAGCUUGGUUCUACAUGACCAUGUCCGGUUUGUUGAUUGCGGAACUCACUUUGAAUCGUAUGGGUGGAACGGGUCGUCCUGGACUCGGCUUGUUGGAUCUUUAUAACAAUAGCCUCGGUCGUACCUGGGGCGCCGUGGGUAGUGCCGCUUACAUGUUCCUGCACUACGCCGUCAUGGUUGCCUACGUGGCGCAAGGGGGAGCCAAUCUCGCCAAAGUCUUGCCCUGGGAUUCGGUGCCCGACGGUGUCGGUCCCGCGGCCUUUGUCAGCGUCUGUGCCGUGGCUCUAUUCAACGCUAAUCGCGACGUGGUAGAAAAAGUCAACAACGGGCUCGUGGUCGGUGUUGCCGCCACCUUUCUCGCCAUUGUUGCCGUCGGAGCUCAAACGGCCGAUUUUGGAGCCCUCGUAAAUAUAUCGAACCAGCACCCGGAACACGUCGUGGAUUGCUUUCCCAUUCUUUUUCUAUCACUGGUCUUUCAAAAUGUCGUACCCACUGUGGUGGAUCAACUAGAAGGCGAUCGGAGCAAGAUCACCAAAGCUAUCAUUGCCGGGACUACGGCUCCGCUGCUCCUGUUCCUGGCUUGGAACGCCGUUGUCCUCGGGAACGUGGCCGGUACGGGCGUGGACCUGUCGGUGGUCGACCCCGUCGCCUUGCUGCAAUCUGGUGGCGGCGCGGGACUUUUGGGUCCCCUUGUAACUGGCUUUUCGACACUAGCCGUAGUCACCUCCCUCAUUGGCUUUACCUACGGCUUACGGGACGGUUGGGCUGAUUUACUUAAACUGGAUACCAAGAGUGCCGACUUUGAAGCAAAAUCCAAACUACCGUUGUUUGCCUUGAUUUUUGGCCCCCCGUUGGCCCUGGCGUGCGCCAAUCCCGAUAUCUUUUACGACGCCCUCGAAUACGGCGGUGCCUUUGGCGUGAGCACCCUCUUUUUGAUUCUUCCUCCGCUCAUGGUAUGGAAAGAACGGUACGGUGAUGAUCAAACGCCGUUGGCGACCAAGCCCAUGGUACCAUUCGGCAAACUACCACUGGGGAGUAUGUGGAAAGCGGCUGGAACACUCAUUCUGGAACAAGGAGCCGAAAAACUAGGAGUGUUUGCGUUCUUGCAGGAACACGUGCUGUCCAAGUUUCAGUCGUAA